AUGGGUUUUGGAUUUGGCUCAAAUUUUGGUUCUACUUCCAGCUUUGGAGACGUUGAGGGAGGUCUCGGUACAAACGGCUUUGAGGUAUCUUUGAAUUAUAUUACCGGAGUACCAGAUGCUAAUAUUCUACCCUCUAACGAUUUACAACUUUGCUUCAAAGGAUUUCAAAAACGCGAUAAUACUACCAGGGAGAAAUCAAUUGCCAAUCUCUUGAAAUUGAUCGAACUUGAUCCUAAACAGAUAGACAAGGAUUUGGUGAUUAUAUCGUGGUGUCAGGUGUAUGCCAAAUUGAGUAUCGAUGAGUCUAAGAGGGUCAGAGCUGUAACACAUGAGAUUCAAUCGAAGUUUGUGUCCACUUUAGGUAAGAAAUAUGCCAAAUACUUGAAGGAUACCAUAGGAAUCUGGGUUGCCGGAUUGUUUGAUUCUGAUAGAUCUGUCUGUCGUGCCUGCAAGACCUCCAUUCUCAGAGCAUUCGGAAACGAUACGACUAAAACGUCUAACUUAUGGAAAAUAUAUUUUCACCAGAUAGUGAAUUAUUGCUACCAGGUGUUUGCCAUAGAGACCAUGAAUACCCUUUCGGAUGAGAGAUUUGCCGAUAAGGACGAAAUCAAAACCAAAUACCAGAGAGUGACACUUGGCGCAGUUCUUCUAUUUGUCCAAGCACUAAAUAAGUUGAAAGAAGACGAUAUCGGCCUCAAGGAAAAGACCAAAGACUUGAUGUCGAAAAUUUUGGAAAAUAAACGAUUCCAAGAUUUAUUUUCCAAUAAAGACACCCAUAUCAAGAAGGCCAUGUAUCAGCUAACAAGGGUACUUCUGACUAAUGAGCAGGUUAUAUGUCUUCUCGAUGAUCAGUUUUUCUCUAAGUUUGCAUCUGCAGCGCUCUUUGGACUAAAAAUUAAUAAGCACAUCAAUCCUAUUGUGUAUUCAGGAGCCGUGAUAUCUAUGCUCGACGCACUGGUGGUAUUGACAAGACACGACAGUUCAUUCUGGACCACCACGAAGAAUGCAGAUGCGUAUUUAUUAGGCAUUUUGAGAUUGGGCUCCCUGAAUUCCGAUCCAGUAUAUUACGAGGUUCUCUCUAUUCUUCUCGAUAUUUUACCUCAGAGCUAUCUGGACAGCUUCGAGAAGCUGAAUAUCUAUUUAACGGUUUUAGAGAAUGAUUUGGAUCGUGAAAAGAUUUCUGCUUUUCAAGAAAGAGCCUGGAAGUGCUAUUUGAAACUUGUGAGAUCGUUUCUAUCCCGGCUGGAAGAAGAUAAUUCUGAUACUGUUAUCACAUCUGUGACUUCUCAUGUUAUCCAAUAUUUGGAUACUCCGAGAUCAUUAUCAAAGUCUUUUGUCAUUGAAUUUUCAACUCUCAAGGAGUUCAGUAGUGGUAGUAUCGACGUCUUGUCAGACAUUAAUUCCGGGAUCAUGAAUUCAUUACCUUGUCGUCGAAUCGAAUUCCAGGACUUCAAGGUGCCAUCGAUAGUUCACGAAACUCAAUUCCUUGAUAACUUUGUUACUGUUCUUGCCGCUAAUAAGUCUGAUCUUCUCGAAGUACUUCUCGCCAAUUCCAUAGAUGCUCUAAAGGACGAAACCGAAGAGCAUCCAACGUUGUCAUUGUCAAUCAUCGACAUCUAUAUUAAGAAGAACUUCACUAGCUAUAGGUCUGCCGUUGAUGAGUUGAUUCCUAGUUUGGACAAAUAUUUGUCCCUUGAUUACAUCGAUCAACCUCUUAGAGUGCUUGUGGAUUACAGUAACUCCAAAUUUUGCAACACGAGUAUUCUCGCAUCUCUCGUUAAUUCAAUCUUUAUAAAGCUCCACAAGCUAAACCAGGAGUCAUCACUUCUCAAAGAUAUAUCUCAUAUCAAGGGAUUUGAAGUCAAACAAGCUCCGGAUAUUAGAAAGUAUUUAUUAGAGAGAUCUCAGAACGAAGCUGUCAAUACUCAUGCUUCCGAGGACAGUACGUUGUUCAAGUUCCUUACUCCUAAGAUCUUGAUUAAUAUGUUCAACAAUGCUGACACCAGCGAAAAGUUUCAUCUAUUUGUAUCUGGAUGCUUGCUUCAUUAUCAGGAGGAUCCGCUUAUUGAAUUCGCUUCAGAAACCCCCAAGUUCAUAGAGUCAUUAUAUCAAUAUUUGGAUGAUGAAGAUGCUUCUGAGUUACUUUCCAAGUUGGAAACCCGUCUAACCGAUAAGACGUUUAAAUCCGCCUGCUUCAAGGCUUUGCUUUCUACGAUUGAAUCGAGAACUAUUACUCCCGAAUUGCUAAUUCAUGUCAAGGACUUUGACAUGAAGACAUGGGUGGACUUCUUACCCGGCGAGAUCCUAUCUGAGAUUGAAGCAGUCCUUCCGUCACAGCCUGAUAAUAGAUUGGUCAUUUCGAACCCUUUUGGAACAGGAAUUUAUUGGUUCACAGAUGGUAAAGGGGAGAGACUUGAUAAUGAAAGUAUUCCCCAACUUAUUAGGAAGGCUUUGUUCUACACAACUGUCUUGAAGGAUUAUCCAAAAUUAGUGGACGAUAAACCAACUUUGGUGGUGGAGUUAGCUGUACUAGGACAAAUUGCAUUGGACUAUAUAUUAUUGAAAGACUCACCUUCUGAGGCCAUUCAAACUGCUUCUUCGUCCUUGGAGAACGAUUCUUUGGACAUGCUAAAAUCGCUAUUUAAAGAGUGCACUUUAAAGGAUGUUUUAACGACAAAAGAAUUGCCCUUCAAGGCAGCCAAAUACCUUUUUCAAAUGCUUAACAACGAAAAUCAGUGCUGUAAGUACUAUUUCUACAGAGUUUAUCAGCGGAUUGUUCAAUCAUUUAACGAGUCAACUGAUUACAUUCCUGAAUUGGCUGGUUCACCAGUGAAAAUUUCCAUUCUUUUGAAUUAUGACAAGAAACUACUUGUUUCCAAAGACUUGUUUAGAUUGAGAAACGGAACUGCAGCUAGCCUUGUUGGUUUAAGAUCAUCCGAAGACAUUAUUCGAAAGGGAUUGCCCAGUAUUGUUUUAUUAAAUAAGUUGAUUGACCUAGAUGUGGAUUACGAAAUUCCUGAAGACUUAGAACUCUUUCCUCCACAAAGAUUUAUGAUGGUCUUGAGCAGCAUUAAUAACUGGCCAGACUGUGAAACUGCCUAUGAUCCCGAAUUCAUUUCUGUCAGAGUAGCAUUGAUGGAGUUUGUCCAAAACUAUGUCAACGGAAUUUAUCAUAUUUGCGACACAGACUAUCCAUCGAGCAUUAUAGAUAAAGUGUUUGAUUUAGGUUUGAGACUGCUUACUGAGUCCAUAAGUGUGAUUAAUUCCGGUAACGGAACUAUGGAAUUGACAUACUGCACGUUGAAAACGUAUCUUUUAUUGAACAAUUAUUCUGAUCAGAUUGAAGAAUGGGAAGAUAACGUUGAAGAUAUAGAGAAAGAAUUGGUCGACCUUCUCUUCAAACGAUUGCAGAUGCCUGGAUCAAGUAGAGCAGAUCACCUGGUGAACGGACUAUUACCGAAUAUUUUCUUCAAACUUAUUCCUGCAAAGAUGAUUGUUUCCCAGUAUGACAAGUUCUAUGGGGUUUUGAUGGACACACCGAGUAUUGAUACCGAGAGGAUUAUUGUUUCUUUGUUGGCACAACUCAUACCUAUUGUUCAAGAUGGCCUUGUCGUCGAAUCAACUUUGGAUAAAGCAAAAUUGGAGUCUGCUAAGAUCCCGGAGCAAUUACUGCAGAUUGUAAGAAACGAGCAUGAAUGCAGUGAACAAAAGUACUUAUGGAGUUGGCUUUUGAUUCUAUGCCAUUUCAAUAAAAUUACGCAUCAACUGAGAGAGAGCUAUAUCAGUCAGUUGGGAGAGGAAUUGAUAUCUGAGUUUUUAACCUACCUAGUUACAGGUAUUGAUGUGAUUAGAUUUAAAGUUCCGGUUGAUAUGGACACCACCUAUUCAUACAAUUAUUCUGUCAUCGAUGCAGGCUCUGUGGAGGUGGAGGAUGAAAUGAAGAAGUUACUGGUGAAUCUUUUGUUCAUGACCAUGAAGUAUAUCGGAGGAAGUACCAUUCAGAAAUGGUACAACUCUAUUAGAGACAAGCAGUUGAAGACAUCAACCGAUGGAUUCAUUACAAAAUACAUUAGCGGAACUCUUAUUGAUGAUAUAUUAGAAACACUAUCAUCAAAGGAAAAGAUCGAAGAUGAGACUUUCAAAAUUAAGGUGAACAGAGCAACCAACGAAAUCAAAUGCGCUUGUGAUAUCGACGAUCAAACUAUGGAGAUUUCUAUCAUUCUUCCUGCCGACUAUCCGUUGUCACAAAUUGCCGUCAAAGGCAUCUCAAGGGUUGGCGUUGACGAAAAAAAGUGGAAAUCUUGGCUUCUCUCUUGUCGAUACGUGAUUAAUUUUCAGAAUGUGUCAAUUUUGGAUGCUGUGAAGCAUUUUAGAGAGAAUGUGCAGGCCAACUUUGAGAACUACGAUGACUGUGCUAUCUGUUACUCGAUUAUCAAUAUCAUCGACCACUCUACACCAAAUAAGAUGGUUCAAGAGCUCAGGUGCAUCUACAUGUCCUCUUUGCAGAAGUAA